AUGCUUUCACGUAAGCGACUAGCAACAGGAACAAAUGCACACAAAGAACCAAAACUCACGAUUUCAGGGCGAACAGAAGCUGUUGCUUCAUUUGUUCAACAACGAAUAUGGCUUCAUGAACAACUUUAUUUUCACUCUUCCGAUCUGUCUGUUUACAAUAUUCUGGCACCAUUGAUAAUCAAACAAGGUUCAUUAUCGAUCGAACGUGUUCAUUCAAUUUUACUCACAUUAAUUGAACAACAUAGUGUUCUUCGUACUGCUGUUCGUUUUAAUUCACAAAGUAAUCAAAUCGAACAAUACAUUCAGGCUGCUACCGAUGAAAUUUAUUCAUUUCAGCAUUCACGUGGUAUUUGCACAUCGGAACAACUCGAUCGACUACUUACAAAUGAAUCGACAGGAAAACACUUUGAUAUUGAAUCAGGGAGGGUGGUUAGAUGCCAUAUAGUACAACGAAGUAAUGAUGAGCAUGAUCAUCGAUUAUCUGAAGGUGAUCUUGUGGCUAUUACAUUUCAUCACAUAUCAUUCGAUAAUAGUUCACUUAAACCAUUUAUCGAAGCAUUUAGAAAAGCUUGUUUGACUGAUCAUCAUCAACAACCAGUAUCAUCUAGUCCACAAUAUAUCGACUUCACAUUAUACGAACAGUCAAUGCUAGCCGAUACAAGAAUGGACUCAAAAAUGAAUAAGGCACGUCAGUUUUGGUCCAGUCUUAUGGAUGGUUAUGAUUGGAGUCAAAUACGACAAUUAGUGCCUGGCGAAGCAAAUACCAAACAGAUACGUUCAGGUCGUGGGUUUUCAACUACAUUUUCUAUCAGUCAACAUAUUGUUGAUGUGAUGAUGUUAUGUGCUUCCUCAAAUAAUUCCAGUAUGUUUGAGCUAUCACUUGCUUGUUAUUAUGCAUUCUUAUUCAAGUUAAUCAACGAUGACGACUUAUGCGUAGCAGGUAACAUAGCUAAUCGAUUUGUGCAAGACACAAAAGACAUGAUUGGCAUGUUCGUCAAUCUUGCGCCGUAUCGAAUGAAAAUUGAGCCGAAUAAGCCAUUCGACCAUCUAGUGCGAAAGGUACAACAGCUCAGUAGUAAUAUUCUUGAGUAUGGUUGUUUACCUUACCAGCAUAUUAUUAAGUCAUAUGAUCAACAAGGGCAUCAAGUAUUACCUUCAACAUUAUUUCAUUAUGAAUCGUUGAUGUCAUCUAUAACGCAGAAUAACAAAUUGGAGAUAACUACAGACGAAGGUACUGUUCUUGGCAUCUACUUUGAUCGAGAUCGAUCUCAUGGUAAUGGAACAGCAUUGUUUGAUUUAUCUCUUGCAAUAGCUCAUGAUCAUCACUCCCGAAGCACGGAGUGUUUUCUCGAUUGUUCGGCCGAUAUAUUCCAAAAUCAAGCUGAUGUUGAUCUACUUGCAAAUCGUUUUCGACAUAUGCUCACACAACUCUUCUGUUCCUCAAUGACUGAUGAGCCAGUACAUAAUCAAUUUAAUAUACCUACCAGCAAAUUGUCACUUAUUUUACCAGAAGAGAUUGAAGAAAUGCAACGAGUAACCUUUCGAAGAUUACCAACUAUUAUAAAUGAAGCACCAGCAUCAUUUGCACAAGCUCGUAUUUGGCUUGAUGAACGAAUUCGAUUCGAUCCAGAGAAGCCACAAGUAGCAAUCUAUAAUAUGCCAUUUGUUCAUCGCCUUCAAUCAGGUCAUACCUUAUCCGUUAAACAACUUCAUCAAGCUCUACAGUUCACUAUUGACAAGCAUCUCUCACUUCGUACAUCACUUAUCUUUGAUACAGAAUUGAAUCAACUGAUGCAACGAGUUAUUACACGGAAAGAUAACUACACUGAUAUGUUUUUAAUCAUCGAAACUACUUAUGAAACAGAUGAACAAUUGAAUGAGAUAUUACAUGACGAGAAAGGUUAUCCUCGUCUUUUUGAUCUAGCUCAAGGUGUUGUCUUUCGAUGUCAUCUUGUUUACUACAAGCAAAUCUCUUCAAAUCAUCUGCUUUCUCACAAAGAUCUACUUAUCUUCAACUUUCAUCAUGCUCUAUUUGAUUUUCCAUCAAUGAAAGUGUUUCAUCAUGAUCUUAACCAAGCAUAUGCAACAGGUCAAUUAUUGUAUGAUGACAACACGAAUCUUCGUUAUCUCGAUUAUGCUGCUAUUGAACAACAAAUGUCAAUGACUGGUGCAAACAUGUUUUGGCUUGAUGCUCUUCAUGAUUGUAAACUUGAUCAACCUUUGUCAUUACCAUAUGAUCGAUAUCGUCUUGCAAAUGAACAUCGAACUGGUCGUGGAACAUCUAUUUCUUUUGAUUUUGGUCAAGAUCUUUCACAUGACUUUCUUCUGCAUGCAUCAUCAAAUAACAUAUCACUUGAAUAUCUUGCACUUACUACUUAUUAUGUGCUUUUAUUCAAAUUAACGAAUAGUGAAAAAGACUUAUGCAUCGGAAUAAAUACACAUGGUCGAUAUAGAGAUGAAUUUAGAUCUAUCAUUGGAAUGUUUGUGAAUGCUAUACCUUUGCGAUGUCAACUCGAUCGUCAUUUAUCAUUUCAUAAACUUACCAAGCACGUUCGAGAUAUUAUGAUAAAGUGCAUUAAAUAUUCAUAUUUUCCUCUUCAACGAAUUCUCAAUCAAUAUCCUAAUAUAUCAAAUCCUGUAUUUCUCGACACAUCCUUUGAAUUCAUAUCAUCUAUAAGAAGAGAUGAGGAAGAUGAAAUAAUGAUCGGUGAUAGUCGAUUUUGUUUAAUACCAUAUUCAAUUAAGAUUAGUGAAGAUGAAAUAAUGAGUAAAUUUGAUUUUAUUCUUAGUUUUCAACAUGAUCUGAAUCUAAAUGAAAUCUCAUGUACUAUUAAUGCUUCCGUUGAUUUAUUUAAUGCUGAAACAAUCCGUAUAAUUGCACAAAGAUUACAAACAAUGUUACAUCAACAAUUCACAUCUUUUAAUAGUAAAACAGACAAACCUAUCUAUGAAUUAUCAUUAACAUUAUCAAAUGAGCAAUAUCUAAUGCAAUCAUUAAAUAAUACACAAGUAUCAUUUUCAUCUCCUCUCACUUGUGUUCAUCAUGAAUUUAUAUAUCAAGCAAUGAAAUAUCCACAAAAGCUAGCUGUUGAACUUGAUGAACAGUCAUUGACAUAUGCAGAACUUCUGUACUAUUCUCAAUGCAUAUCUCUCUAUUUACUAUACCAUUAUGAUGUAAAAUCUGGUGAUAUCGUGUGUCAAUGUGUGGAGCGUAGUUUAGCAAUGGUUAUUGGCAUAUUAUCGAUUGCUAUGGUUGGCGGUGUCUAUUGUCCGCUAUCACCACAAGAUCCUCCACAACGAUUACAAACCCUUCUCAAUCAAACACACAGUCGCCUAGUUAUGAUUCAUUUCUUUACAAACUCUAUAUCUGAAAUCAAUGUUGUCAGAAUGAAUAUUGACACAGCUAUUACUGUGACUGAUAUUUACGUUGAUAUCAAUCUACAUAAACUUUCAAAAGUAUCUGUAACACCAGAAAAUAUUGUCUUCACAAUUUUCACUAGCGGUUCAACUGGCAUUCCGAAAGCAGUUCAGUUACGUCAUCGAAAUUUUACUGAGUUUAUACAUUCGUUUGUUCAUGCCGGUGUAUUGUCAAAAUGUGACACUAUAAUACAAAUGGCUCGAUGUUCUUUUGAUAAUCAUCUUCUAAGUCUUAUUGGUACAUUAAUGACUGGCGGUACAUUAGUAAUGCUUCGACCAAAUGGUAAUAUGGAUUUAGAAUAUCUUGCUGAAGUACUUAAUCAAAAGCAAGUUACUGUUAUGCAUUGUGUUCCAUCUUUACUGAAUAGCUUAUUUACUUUUCUCAAAGAGAAUAAACAUAGAUCAGCAGUGAAAUGCUUACGAUCCUUAUGUAGCGGUGGAGAAACUCUCAAUAUGAAAGUAGUUAGUCUAUUGAAAAGUUUGAUCACAAGUAAAUGCCAAAUUCGUAAUCAUUAUGGUCCAGCAGAAAUAACGAUUAAUUGUGCUUAUCACUUAAUUGAUCUGGACAAAGAGCAGAUGAACAUUCCGAUAGGUCGACCACUUCCCAAUUAUCGAUGUUUAAUUGUAGAUAAGUUUUCACAAAAUGUCUAUGUUGGACAUGAAGGAGAAUUGCUCGUCGGAGGUGUUGGUGUCUUUGUUGGAUAUUUUGAACGUGAUGACUUAGCAGCAAAAGUAUUGAUCAAUAUCAAUGAACAAAUUUUCUAUAAAACAGGUGAUCUUGUUCAAAUGAAUGAUAGUGGAUCGAUUCAUUAUGUGGGACGAAAAGAUCAUCAAAUUAAACUACAUGGACAACGAAUUGAACUUCGUGAAAUUGAACAAUGUUUACUUAACAUCACAUCCAUAUCCGCUUGUAUUGUCAUGAAAUAUAAUGAAGAUUAUUUAGUUGCAUAUGUUCAAAGUUCUGAUGUUAAUGAACAAGAAUUGCGUGAACAUUGUCAAUCUCACCUACCACCACAUAUGGUUCCAUCAAUAUUCAUUAUACUAGAGAAAUUACCUUUGAAUCCAAACGGUAAAAUAGAUCGAAAACUUCUUCUGCCGCCAAAUUUAUCAUCAUUGAAUAUAUCAUCAUCAAAUGAGCCUAAUGUUUCACAAAAUGAAUUAGAAGGAUGCAUACACGAUACUUGGUGCCAAGUUCUUCGAAGUAUUGAAAAGCAGAUUUCAACAACUGCUAGCUUCUUUAGUAUUGGUGGUCAUUCACUUUUAUUUAUUGAAAUCUAUCAUCGCUAUCAAUCAUUGUUUGAUUUUGAUACUCGUGAACUCACUAUUGGUCUAUUUCUACAACAACCAACUAUUGUUCAACAUUCACAAUUACUUCAACCUGCCACAAUUAAUCAUACAAAGUCAACAAAAUGGUAUGCGUUACAUAUUAAUCAAGGUAUUGCAUCUUUUGCUCAAGAACGUAUUUUUCUUGAUGAACAAGUACGUUUCUCUCGGAAAAUUGCUAUUUAUAAUGAACUGAGUAUCUUACAAGUUAUUCAAGGAUCUAUAUUAGUGCAUCGUCUAUUACAAGCUCUUCGAUAUGUUUUGAAUAAACAUAAAAUAUUACAGACUUCUCUCAAUUUCAAUAGUGAUGACAGCACUCUACAACAGCAGAUUACUGACAUGCAUCAAAAAUUCACAUUGGCUACCGAUCAAACAUUUCACAAUGAAAAUGAUCUUCAAAACAUUAUUCAUCAAAUAACCAUCAAUCCUACUCUCUUCGAUUUAUCAAUUGGUCGUGUUUUUCACUGUCAAAUACUGCGACAACAGAUAAUGUCUAAUGAAACUAAUAAAAAUGAACAUAUUACAAAUUCUGAUAUUCUUAUAUUAGCAUUUCAUCAUGUAGCAACUGAUCGAUCGUCUCGUCAAUUUCUUUUUAAUGAUCUAUGCUAUGCUUAUAACAAUAAUACAAAAUGGGCAGAAGACGAAGUAUCAUUGCAAUAUAUUGAUUAUGCUGUGCAUGAACGUUUAAUCGACAUGAUGUUGUCACGUGAAUUUUGGCGCUUGCAAUUCGAAGGAUGUAAUUUCGAACAUCGAUUGUCAUUACCAAUUGAUCAACAGUGUUUAUCUAAUGAGCAACGAUCUGGUUUCGCUUCUACUGUUCACAUCACUUUCGACAGAGAAAUAUCAUCAUCAUUUCUUAAUUAUGCUUCUUUGCAUCAUGUGACACCAUUUCAGCUCGGACUGGCUACAUUCUAUACAUUUUUAUUCAAGUUAAUAUAUAGUCAAACUGAUUUAUGUAUUUCAUGCGUUAAUGCUAAUCGAUACAGACCUGAACUACAGAACAUGAUGGGAAUGUUUGUUUCGACAUUACCAUAUCGUGCUCAACUUGACCCACGAUGGUCAUUUGAUGAUCUUGUUAAAUAUGUGCAAGAAAAAUGUUUAUUAAUUCUUGAACAUUCUCAUUAUCCACUUCAACAUAUUCUUCGUGAUUUUCAUCUUGAUCAAUCAACUGCUCCUUUUCUUCAAACAGCUUUUGAUUUCAUUACUGAAUCUUCAGUUAACGAUCAAUUUACUUUCGGUGAUGUUAGUUUACAAUCAGUAUCAUUAAAACAGUCUUCGGAAGUGGCUAAAUUUGAUUUUACGUUAAGAUUUAUUUACAAUCCAAUGUCGGAUGACAACAUGUUGUCAUGUCGUUUUAUUUGUUCACGUGAUCUAUUUGAAGACACGACAGUCACAAAAAUGAUACAAAGAUUUAAAUAUCUUUUCGAACAACUUUUUUCAAUGAAUUUCAACGUUAAUCAGACUGAUUUAGUAACUGCACCUAUUGCCAAACUUACUCUUAUCUUACCAGAUGAAAUGAAUGAAAUACAACACGUAGCUUUUUACCGUCAAUCAAAUGUGACGAAUGAAGCAUCAUCAUCAUUAACACUGUUACUUGAUAGUUUUUUUCUUAUGGUCAAUUCUGUUUCUUUAAAUACCAAUUAA